GCGGCGAGGUUUCCAGAGACCUCCAGAGCCCAAGUCUUAUGACCACCUGUUGUCGGCACCGCGCUGCGGCUACAACGCUCGCGGUGUCCAGCGUGUGCACAGCCUGCGGCCCUCCUCCACCUGCUGCAGGUUGGGUAGCUUGGACCUAUUCUCCAGCGGGGGGGAGGACAGGACCUCUACCUCUCCAUAGACACUGCACUUUGACGCGGGCGCACUACGCGCCUGGCCCCAAACGAGGUCCCGCGCCGGGCCUGAAGCAAGUGGUCAGGACUGACCAAGGCACGUAGAUGUCUUAUAGAAUGACCGGAACUGAGAGGGGACCCCUUCCACACCUCAUCCCACCCCGCGACGAGGACACUGGGACCCAGGAAGAAGACGGGAAUUGCCCAAAGUCUCACCGCUCACAGUUGCAGAUCUCACCUUGAACCCCGGCUUAGCGCCCUCUGGCGGGCCGGGGGCUCCGAGAGGCGAGUGCGCUCUGACCCGCAGGGCUUAGGCUGAGGGUGACCCAGCGGCCCGUGUGACUGUCCUGAACGUUCUUACAUGGGACGGGAAUAAUCCGUCAGAACUCAGAGUCCCAGGUCAAGAGCUGCUUCCCCCAGUGAAGAGGUGGAGCGCCGGAAGAAACCUGGGACCGUCGGGGCCACUCGGAAAGAGCAGGGAGUUGCUGGAGGCCUAGGUCCCGGGGCACUGUGUGACCUGGGCGGCCCCUCCUCUCCCUAGGAGAAUUGGGCUGGACACUGAUCCCCCGCUGCGGCGUGCGCGCAGGACCCGCGGCGGUGGCCGUGCAGGCGGCGGGACUUCGGCGCGGCUUCGGCUGGGUGCGACCCCCGGGUGCGCCCGCGGCGCUACGAUGAGGGCGCGACCGCAGGUCUGCGAGGCGCUGCUCUUCGCCCUGGCGCUGCAGACCGGCGUGUGCUAUGGCAUCAAGUGGCUAGCGCUGUCCAAGACGCCGCCAGCCCUGGCGCUGAACCAGACGCAGCACUGCAAGCAGCUGGAGGGCCUGGUGUCUGCACAGGUCCAGCUGUGCCGCAGCAACCUGGAGCUCAUGCAUACCAUCGUGCACGCCGCCCGCGAGGUCACCAAGGCCUGCCGCAGGGCCUUCGCCGACAUGCGCUGGAACUGCUCCUCCAUCGAGCUCGCCCCUAACUACCUGCUUGACCUGGAGAGAGGGACCCGGGAGUCGGCCUUCGUGUAUGCGCUGUCGGCGGCCGCCAUCAGCCACGCCAUCGCCCGGGCCUGCACCUCCGGCGACCUGCCCGGCUGCUCCUGCGGCCCUGUCCCAGGUGAGCCACCCGGGCCUGGGAACCGCUGGGGAGGAUGUGCGGACAACCUCAGCUACGGGCUUCUCAUGGGAGCCAAGUUUUCCGAUGCUCCUAUGAAGGUGAAAAAAACAGGAUCCCAAGCCAAUAAACUGAUGCGUCUACACAACAGUGAAGUGGGGAGACAGGCUCUACGCGCCUCUUUGGAAAUGAAGUGUAAGUGCCAUGGGGUGUCUGGCUCCUGCUCCAUCCGCACCUGCUGGAAGGGGCUGCAGGAGCUUCGGGACGUGGCCGCAGACCUCAAGACGCGCUACCUGUCGGCCACCAAGGUAGUUCACCGACCCAUGGGCACCCGCAAGCACCUGGUGCCCAAGGACCUGGAUAUCCGGCCUGUGAAGGACUCAGAGCUCGUCUACCUGCAGAGCUCACCCGACUUCUGCAUGAAGAACGAGAAGGUGGGCUCCCACGGGACGCAGGACAGGCAGUGCAACAAGACCUCCAACGGCAGUGACAGCUGCGACCUCAUGUGCUGUGGCCGCGGCUACAACCCCUACACCGACCGCGUGGUCGAGCGGUGCCACUGCAAGUACCACUGGUGCUGCUACGUCACCUGCCGCAGAUGCGAGCGCACCGUGGAGCGCUACGUCUGCAAGUGAGGCCACGCCCUCGCCCAGCGGGAGCGCGGACGCCUCGAGGACCCUCGGCGCCCAGCCGGGCGGGGCUGGAGGCACCCCAUGGACUUUUCCAUGCGAAUUCCAGAUGCCAGGCGGGAGGCGGCUUGUGUUUUGCCUCCACUUGGAAGCCACCAGGAACAGGAGGCCUGCUCACUCUGGAAGGAGGGCCGGGACAUCAAAGGAAACCGACAAGAUUAAAAAUAACCUGGCAGCCCAAGGCCCUCAGUGCCGCCCAGGCUGGUCCAAGCGGCCAGGGUAAGAGACUGGUGAGACUGUAUGGACUUGACCUUCCUGGGCCACGAAGACCAGCCUUUGGGAAUGUUCUGCGGGGCCCUCGGCCCCCCACAUGGAACCACUAGAUUGGGUUGUAAAUGAUUUUUGGUUUUUUGUUUUGUUUUGUUUUGUUCCUUUUCUUUCUUUGGGAUGUGGGAGCUACAGAAAUAUUUAUAAAACAUAGCUUUUUCUUUGGGGUGACUCACCUCAGUUCCCCUUUAUAUAUUUUAUAUAUAUAAAUAUAUAUAUAAUGAUUAUAUUUUAAACAAGCUUUUUAAACAGCUGUAUGAAAUAAAUGCUGAGCGAGCCCCAGCCCGC